AGGUGCCCGUUCCAAUUCGCCAAUGCCCACCGCUACCAUCCGGCGGCCGCCGCGCCGCCGUUCUAGCUCCGCCGUGGGGAUGGUCGCCGGAGCCAAGGGGAAGGGGAAGGGGAGACUGCGAGCACAAGGAGAGGAAGAGCAAGGCCUGGACCACAUCAGCGACCUUCCCGACGCCGUCCUCGGCGACAUCGUCUCCCGCCUCCCCACCAAGGACGGCGCCCUCACGCAGGUCCUCUCCUCCCGGUGGCGCCGCAUGUGGCUCUCCGCUCCCCUCAACUUGGACCUCCAGUUCCAUCCCAUCCCCCUCGGUGUGAUCCCCCACAUCCUCUCCUCGCAUCGGGGCCCCGGCCGCCGCUUCUCCACCCCCGUGCCCUGCUACUACUACGAGGAGGAGGAGCUGAGAAACCUCUCCGCCGCGACCCUGGACGAGUGGCUCCUCUCCCCCGCCCUCGACAACCUCCAGGAGCUCCUCUUCGGCCACGAGAUCCCGUGUCGGGAUCGGGGGAAUCCUCCGCCGCUGCCCACAUCGGCACUCCGCUUCUCUCGCACUGUUCGCAUUGCCACAUUCCGUGUCUGCCGUUUCCCGGAUGGAAUCAAUGUCCGCUUGCCACUUCUCCAGGAACUGGGCCUUUCAAGAGUCAUCAUCUCGGAGAGUUCUUUACAAGCCUUGCUUGCUGGCUGCCCUGUCCUGCAGAGCCUGAUGCUAACUUACAAUGACAGCUACUCUCGUGUCCGGAUCGUGUCCCCUACGAUCAGAAGUAUUGAUGUGGCAUCAGGUUCAGGCUCGAGCGAUCUCAGCCUGCAGCAACUCAUCAUUGAGGAUGCUCCCUGCCUAGAGAGAUUAGAUCAGAAAGCUCAUUUUAAAUAUGGCAAGGUAAUGAACAUCUUGGUGAUCUCCGCGCCAAAAUUGGUAUUUUGGGACUCCUCUAUGAUGGCUAUCCCAGACUUCAGAUUGGCACCACCGUUUUUCAGGGGUUGCGCCUUGUUACCAUGACAGCGGUGGUGCGCAGAGUGAAGGUCUUAGCUUUGUCGAAUGCCAAUCUUAGUUUGUAUGUGGUUCUUAACAUCAUGAGAUGUUUCCCCUGCUUGGAGAAGCUGAACAUUCGUACAUUACUGAAAGGGAAGAAAAAUGUGUGGGGUCCUAAAUGCCGAAAUCUUAUCAAUAUCCGUGACAUUCACCUGAAGAAACUUCUGUUGACAAACUAUGAAGGCUCUGAGUCACAUGUUAACUUUGUCAAGUUCUUUGUAUUGAAAGCCAGAGUGCUAGAGUCAAUAAGGUUUGAGCUAGCAUUUAGCCAAGUUACCAGUGGUUGGAUUGAAUGGCAGCGUAGGCUGCUUCAGUUUGAAAAGAGAGCUUCCAGGAGUGCACUUUUGGAUUUUGUGUCUUGUAAUAGUAUGUGCAAUACGAAUUUGUGAACAGACAACCCCAUUUCCAGUGUUUUGGUGUCUCUUGUUGUGGGUGCUUUCUUCUGCCUUCAGUAUAUCAACGCCACUGGAAACGUGUUCAGCAUGAAAGGCAUGAAGGCAAGGGCUCAAGGCUGUGGCAUCCUGAAGAUCAGGAGUUUGUUAGUUGGCCUUUUAGUUUGUUCUGAUAGCUAAGAGAUAGGAUAGUUGUUGGUGGAUUAGUUUCACUAUUAGAUUCGGUUUAUUAGAGAUUUGGUUUGUCUGUCAUUGCUUGGAAGAUAAGCUGCACCUGGAUUGCUAUUACAUAUAAACUGAUGAAUGUAAUGGCUGAGGAUAUGCUGUGCCAAAUCAAUUGCAUAGGUGCAAUUUUGCCUUAUCCAGACUUUUAGCUUGGGCUAUUCUACGCUUCAUUCAAAUAAUACAUG